GGUGUCACCUUCUCCAAUGGAUACAACUGGAAGGUGAUGAGAAGAUUUACAUUCUCAACCUUACGAGACUAUGGAAUGGGGAAGAAAACCAUACAAGAUAAGAUCAUUGAAGAGUCUGAAUUCCUAACUCAGAAAAUAAGAUUAUAUGAAGGAAAGCCCUGUGAUAAUCAGGCGAUUUUUAAAUCUGCUGUAACCCAUAUAAUUGUGACUAUACUGCUGAAUAAAAGAUAUGAUUAUGAAGAUCCAACCAUACUGAGGCUUUUGGCUAUAGUCACUGAAAAUACAAAACUUCUCAACAGUCCCUGGGUCAUGCUGUACAAUAGUUAUCCAUUGCUGUUUAAAUGGCUGCCCGGACCUCACAGAACAAUGAGUGAAAAUAUGAAGGAGCUUAAGAGCUUUGUAAGAAAAACAUUUACAAAAGAGACAAAAAAACUGGACGUAAACGACCAAAGGAACCUUGUUGAUACCUUCUUAGCCAAGCAACAAGAGGUAUGA